AUGGAUCAUGGAGGUGGGUCGUGGAAGCGACGACGGACUCAUUUCUAUCCACAGGCUCCAGCUAGGAUAACCUAUCAGCACCAGGCCCCAGUUAGGGCAGUAGCAGCUCCUCCUAUUCGGGCUGCACCUACAGCACCUAUGAGAUGUUUUAACUGCAAGGAGUUGGGCCAUCCUGCCAGGGCGUGCACGAAACCCAAGGUUGUGGGAUGCUUCCGAUGUGGACAGAUUGGACACUAUGCCAGGGACUGUACUCGACCACAGGGUGGAGGACAGGAUAACCAGCAUAGACUCUUACCUCCAAUACCAGCUAGCGUCUUCGCCAUUGGUCAGGGAGGCACUGGGGUGGAAGGUACCUUAUCUGUUUAUAACUAUCUUGCAAGAGUACUGUUUGAUACGGGAGCCUUCCAUUCCUUUGUAUCUAGUUCCGUAGUAGAUGUGUUAGGUUUGAUUUCCAUGCCUCUUACUAGAUCAUUAUGUGUUACCUCACCUCUCGGUGUAUCUCUUGAGCUGGAUAUGUUUUGUAAUGAUUGCCCUAUUGGGAUUGGUGGCAGAGAGUUCUCUGCAUCAUUGAUUGUGAUACCAGAUCACACGUAUGAUGUGAUUUUGGGUAUGGAUUGGUUGAGCCCAAACCAUGCAUUGAUUGAUUGCUUUAGGAUGAUUGUGUCCUUUCUUAUUCCGGGACAACCAGUGUUUCAUUACCGUUGUCUGAGGUCCGACAUCACCAUGAGGACAGGAAUUUUUGCUCAUAUUGAGUCAGGGAGUAGUAUUUCUGAGAUUUCAGGGAUUCCUGUAGUUUCAGAAUAUGCGGAUGUGUUUCAGGAGAUACCAGGGUUACCUCCAAAAAGGGUAAUGGACUUCUCCAUUGAUGUAAUACCAGGUACUGCCCCUGUAUCGAAGGUACCCUAUUGA